AUGCGAGUCUGCGCGCGCACCCCACGGUCCCCGGCUGUCAGUGGCCACUCCGCCGGCAAACUGGUCUUGAGGCACACGCGCGCUCCAGAUCCGCUACACCAAGCAACGCCGGCCCUUAGCGGCCAGAAGCCCUCAGGAGCUUCCGAUACCAAACACCGAAACAUCUGCGAGGCACCGCGCCGGCGUUCGCACAAAGGGUACGGCGGAUCAAAGGUACGCGAUUUAUUCCCUGCUCUAUAUAAAAUCUACAAUACCAUAAUGGAUAAACUCCCCUCGAACAUAUUGCAGUUAUUUAGGGAUAGCCGCAUUGCUGCAGGGUGCGAUUUAUUUAAUAAUUCAGUAUCCUUAUGA